AUCAUUGAAAGGCGAGUUUGUUAUCUGACAAUGUGCGACCGUUCUUAUCCGAAGAAACUUGCCUUUCAAUACCUUGAAGACCUCAAAAAUGAGUUUGAGCGUGUGAAUGGGGCUCAAAUACAAACAGCUGCUAGACCUUAUGCUUUCAUUAAGUUUGAUACGUUCAUACAGAGGACAAAGAAAUUGUACCAGGACACUCGUACUCAGCGGAAUAUUGCAAAGCUGAAUGAUGAAGUUUUUGAAGUCCACCAGAUAAUGACUCGCAAUGUACAGGAAGUUCUUGGUGUUGCUGAAAAAUUGGACCGUAAGAAUCUGGCUUUAAUUCGGAAGUGGGCACCUGUUGCCAUUGUGUUAGGUGUUGUUUUCCUCCUCUUCUGGGUCAAAACAAAGCUAUGGUGA